UGAGUCCAGUCUCUCUUCAUCUUCCUUGAGAGAAACAUUUACCUACUUUCCUAUUCAAAAUUUACCCAAUUUUGGUAAAAGUCUCAAUUUUUCUCCUGGAAUUAAUUUGUUUAAUCAAGUAAUAUUAAUUAUCAAGUGUGCACUGCAACAUUUAAAAUUUCUCAAUUUAUUGGUAAAGUUUAUUUUGUUGCGGAACUAUUGUGAGAAACUUGACGAGCUGUUCUCAGAAAGUGCGACAUCGCUAGAUUCAGAGACCUGUCUUAUUGUGAGACUGUUAAGUAAGAGGCACAAUUCUUGCUAAAUCUGGACUUGAGCAAAGGACAAGUGCAACAAGUGUCAGCCUCACUUUCGUCUCACUUUGAUCCACAGCUUGGGUGAACUUUAGUGAUACGAAAUUUAGGAAAAUUUGCCACUACUCUGGAUUUUAAUUUCUAUUCAAACAUUCAAGAACGGAUUUGAAAUUCUAAAGGUGUGCGCCCCUCCAUCCCUUCAUGAAUGAUUUACCCAUAAAUAUGAGCUGAAUUGGACCCAUAUUAAAAAAAAACGAAUCCAUCCCUGGAAAUUUCUACCAAACUUUUUUAUCAGCCACACCACAAGCCAGACAACAGAGAAGAGAAAGAUGACGCGGAGAAGAUUGCUCGUUCAAGUGGUCACGGUUAGCGUCGUAAUCCUCAUCGUGAUUUUGGGUGACAAUGCCGUAAAAUCCGACCCCCUCCCUGAUGCACGAUCGUACAUCCAAAAUCGACCCGUGUACAGCAAACCAUCGCCAAAACCUCGUCUCGCUUUAAAGCUGCCCUCCCAACUUCUCCUAAAGGAAAAUACAACCCCACAAGCCUCGAAACCCGCCGAGGAUGCCGAUGACAUUGAACGGAUCACCCAAACGGUGUAUGGCUUCCUCGAUUUCGUCACCACAAUCGGGAACACGGUCAUGGUCUUCACUCCACAAACGAAAAAGGUUGAAGCUGUUAAUGUUGAAGUGAAGCCAACACUCGCAUCCAGCGUGGCAUCUGUCGUGAAGGCGACCCCCACUCCGACCUUGCCACCACCAGCCCAAGAGGAGGAGGAAAAUGUCUCCACCACCGGAAAACCAACCGCCCAACAGAAACGUCAACCCAAACAAUUUCUUCCUGAAGCUCCAACGAUUGAGGCAUCUGAGGUCGAGUUGGAGCAGGAAGUCACAGCCGUACAAGCUCCACCGUUGGAAGCGUUUAAUACCGUCGUGGGUCGACAAGAGGUGAAACCAAUCAAGGCUCCAGCUGUGGUUGCUACUCCCGUUCCAGUGGUGGAACCAGAGAUCCGAACCCAGGUAAAUGUUGUCGCCUCUGCUCCCAAUUUGGGCUCUGGUGAGUUCAUCGAAGGCGGAGACUUUCCUUCCUCCGGGGAACAAGAACAGCAAGAACAGGAAGAGGACGAUGCACCCCAAGUGGCUGCGGAAAAUCCAUCCACAACGACCACGACGACGACGACAACAACAACACCUCCAACGACCACUACCAGCACAACGCCAAAACCACAAAGUAAAUCCAAUAAGCACGGUUUCACCCUUAAGCUCACUCCCAAGCACAAUUCCCCCGUAAUUAUCACCCCCGCUUUCUCUGUCCCUGUUGUCGUCACGGCGCAAAAAGUAGACACGCCACCACCCGUAGUAGUCUCCUCGACCUCUGUAGCCCUUCAGCCGACCGGACUUUUGAACAAAAUUUAUGAGACCAAAGUGGACAAGGCUGGAGCAACCACGGUGCUGGAAACGGCAAUCAUUGGCACGUAUAUCGGAACCCAAUACGUCAGACUGUUGGAAACCACUUCUAGCGUUUUGCCCAUUGUUGCACCCCAACCAACUAAAGCGUUCCAAUUUCCGUCCCUUGUCAAACCCACGGCACUUGCACAACAAAAGGUAUCAACCACCACGACCACCACUAGCACUCCCCACACCCCCGACCAGGACGAUGAAUUUGAGCAAGAUGAUCAAGAUACCGAAGAACAACCUCAACCCGACCAAGACGACCAGGAUUCCGUCGCCCACGUUCAAGGAGAGGAGGAGCAGACCAGUAAACAGUCAACUUCAACCACGGCCACACCCGUCCUUCACCUUGAGCCGACCCCGACCGCUUCUGAAGAGCAGACGCAUUACAUCCUCCCCCAAAAGGCAGAGAAGAUUUACGUGUCCCCAGUCCCAAGUCCAAAUGCGUACUCUCGAGGGCCCGGACUCUAUGUGGACAUCAACCCAGCAAAAUCUGCAGGUGACGGUGGCGUCGCGGUCGUAACUGCCACGCCAACGAGAGGAAAACAGUUUAGAUUGACGAGCAAUCGAUUCAACCCAAGAAAUGCCAAAAACCAGGGUGGCUCUGACUCUAACGAAUUGACCCACCAAGAAGUCGUUGCAGUUCCUGCGCAACCCGACUCCUCAGACUCGUCCCGUUCUCGAUCUCGCUUUGGACGAAAUCGUGGCCGUUCCUCGUCCGGUGGUAAAAAUGUUGAAGACGUCGCCGUGUCCACCGUUGUAGUUUCUGCCACACCAACGAGACGUUUCAAGUCUGGUCGAUCUUCUGCCACCGUCGUUACCCCAGCUCCACCACCCCCAGCACAAUCCUCGGGAAGGAGCAAGGACUUUUCUUCUUAUAAAAGUGGACGUGGUUUCACUCCGUCGUCUCGAGGUGGACAGCAACAACAGCAAAAUCAACAAGUGAAUCCGACCAGCUCGACGUCAAUUUAUCGAUUCAAACUUAAUCGACCCACGGGAAGGUGGAGGUUCAAGCCGUCUCCAAAGCCAAAGGUCAACAUUAUCAAAACUAAGGAAGGUGACGAUCAGCAAGAAAACGACGAGGGUGGUGACCAAGCCGCCUCACCCGGUCCAAUCUACCACAACAGUCAAUCAUACUCUGAACAACAAGGUGAACUUCAAACCCCGGAAGAAACGAGAACAGAAUCUAACGAAUUGGUCCAAGAAUUGGAACCAGAACUCGUCCCACAAACCAUUCGAGUCAAUACCGUGACCCCGACAGACUUUUCCGAUUUGGAGAAAUUCCUCGAAAUUGCCACGAUUCGAUCCCCAUACGUCUUCCAGGCUGGAAACGUGAAGAACACAAGGUACAUCACGGUGACAAAGACCUUUACGAAGGAAGUGAUCCAACCCACACUGGCCUCUUCACAGGCUGAAGCAAGUCUGGAAAAUAUUCUGGCAACGAAACCACCAUAUGAAAAAAUCUUGGAGGGCUCCAGCGACGUUGCGACCUUGCCAGUUAUUGCUCUCGGAGGAGAUAUGGCGACCCCACCAUUGGAAACUAUUACACAAAGCUUUAGCACCACACAGCUCAUGUUGAAAACUAGCAUUUUGCCAGUUCUCUAUGACGGUGUGACCACUCUGUACACCUUAACACAAUCCUACUUCAUCACCCGACUUGUCACGGCACACAAAACCGUCCCACCCGUCGAACUGUUUCAAUUCGUCCCGACCAAAUCACUCAAUGAGUUCAACACUGCACUUCAAGAGGCUGGUUCCGAACACCGCGAGCAUCUCUUAGGGUCCGAGUCUGAAGAUGAGAAUGACACCAACUACGAACACAUCAUUGCGCCACCAGACGAACUAACCUCCGUCGGAUCUGACUUUGACCCAUCCUCCAUGGACGAAAAGCUGCCAAAACGACCCCCCAAGUCUUCCAAAGAAUUCUCACCACGUGGUGGAAAAUCCAGCUCUGAAAUUGUUUCCUCUUCCCCAAAUAACAACCCCUUCCUCAACCAAUCUCCUCCCAACUUCAACUCCAUUCCGCAAGACCCACUCGCCUCCAUUGCCGGCCUUACCCCUGAACAGUUAGCCUUCAUCCGCUACUUUACGGCACAGAAUCAACAACAAUCACCACAACCACAAGCAUUCCCCCAACUACAACAGCAACCACAAUUUAACCCAUUCCAACAGCAGCAACAACAACAAGCCCCCCUCCUCCCACCAUCCGCGCCUUCUCCGCUUAUACAAGCUCAACAGGCAGUGGCGAACGGGUACUCGCUGACUUCGUCCCCCGUCGUGGUCGACACUUUGGCGACCGUGACGGAAACCAAAACGCUCCGCCUGCUCUUCGGGGCCAAGCCGACGCAUACGGUGCUCUACUCGACGAGAGUGGUCCCCACCCGAAUGACCAGUUAUGUCACGGCCUCUCUCCCCGUGAAACCAACGCAAGCCAUUAUUCAGAACAACCCAUUCCUGAAUGGGUUGCCCUUCCCGUUGGCGUACGUGGGCUGAAGGAGUGAAAAUCCAACGUUUAAUAAUUUAUAAGUCGUCGUCGUCGCCACACAUUUUAUUAAAUGCCAUAUUGUUACCGUACCGUAAUUUUCCUGAUAAAUUUAGAUCGCUCGCUCCUGCACAAUCAUCAUCAUCAAACAAAGUAAAUGCCCAAAUGUACAAUGAUAUAUCUACUACUUUCGUCGUAAUUGUAAGGUUAGAUCUGUUUUAGGAAACCCUUUUUGUAAAUAGUUUUGGACUAAAGUUUCGAAAAAAAUACUAGAACAGUAUGUAGUUUUUCUUUCCUGAAAUAUUCUAAACAACUCUUCGUAUUCAGCAGAAUGCAGAGUUCAAUGCAAUUUAAAAGUAUUAUUUCUUGGUUUCUUCUCUAAAUACUCGUGUACUCCGUUUUUUCGUAUUUCCUGUUACUUGCUAGAUGAUAAGGUACAUACAGAUGCGCAACUGCCGCUUUUUGAAGACGACGAAAGAACGAACUGAAACUCAUCAUUGUAUUUACUACUACAAAAUAUACAUACAAGAAACCCUGUAGCAUUUAUCCUAGUAUUUUUGUGUACUUAGUUUUACUUAUACUUACCGAAUUACAAUAAGAGUUACUAUUGUGUAUGUUUGCAUAGCUUAUCUUUUUCGUAAUUAGAGAAGACACACAGAGACGUUUUACCGGAGUGUGUACUUUAGUUUUUCUGUAUCAUCACUUACUAAUUACCGUUUUUCCAUUUAUCCUAGAAGUAAAUGUGGUUUGUUACAAUUCCAUGAGUUCCAGGUGUCAUGUGAAUGAUAGAUCUGUAAAUACGUUUAAAAAGAUGUAUGAUGAAAUUGAAGUAUUUCAAAUUCAAUUUUCAAUAGGGCCAAUUUUAUUUUUUUUCAACAAAGAAUAAGGAGACUAGUUAUUUUCCUAAUGCACAAACUUGACGGAGUUCUCAGAAUAUUUUUCAGACCCGUAGGUUUUCAGAUUCUUGUCACUUUAGAAUUUUAGUGCGAUUAAAAAAAUUUGAAACCUUAUUCUUAGAAUUACUAGCUUGAUUUUUUAAGAUGUACUUUCGAUUUUUUUUAAUUUUUCGGAAAUCUACAGAAUCAAGAAAAAUUUAAAGUUUUCAAAACU